GUCCAUUCUGAGCUCAGCAACGCGGUGACCAACAAAAGGCGGUCUGAAAGCGGGCAGUCGAGGGGCAAGAAGCGGAGAAACAAAGAUGGCAUGAUUCGCAUGCAGGAAGACAGAAACGGCCAUCGUCGACGACAAUGCCCGUGCGUGGGCGAGGAGGUUGGCCCAAGCCUGCAACGUCCUUCAAGGAUGGUGGCGGGCCAGGAGAGAGGUCGAGGAUCGGCGAGUACCGAGCGUUGAAAGGCAUGCCCAGAUCGGACACAGCGCUUUCCCUUCUGCGAAGAAUCGGAAAGGCGGUUGAGCCUAUUAUGCUCAAGCAUUCCUGGCACCUGCCUCUCCUAGUCGAGGUGUAUCCCAAGCAGGAGAGUCUGCUCGGCUUCAACGUCAACCGUGGAAAGAAGAUUGCACUUCGUCUCCGACAGCCUCAUAAUGAAGACGACUUCAUCGACGAGGAAAGCAUCACCGAGACGAUGUUGCAUGAGCUUGCGCACAAUGUCCGAGGACCCCACGAUGACGAGUUCUUCCGCGUACUUGAUGGGCUGACGAUGGAGUGGUACGACUUGCGCUUCAAGCAGCGCUUUGGUCUGGCGGGGACAGGGUCAGACGCUUUUCAGUCUCAUGGUUUCAAGCUGGGAGAAGGUAGCGUCGAUCCUAGAGACGCAAGAGCAAGGGCGGCGGACAUGGCCGAAAAGCGCUGGCGAUUCCAGCAAGCGAUGGGUAAUUCGGGUCGCGCCCAGACACUUGGUUCCGCUUCCAGCCGUAAUGCUGGCAAGUCCAAAGCGCAGCUUGCAGCUGAGGCGGCCGAACGCCGAAUUAGCAUGUCCAAGAGCUGUCCUUCGACAAAUAUCUCACUUAUCGAAGACGCUGAUCGCGAGCAAGAAGCUCAAGAACGCCUGCACGGCAUAGAGGUGAUCACCAUUCAAGAAGACGACGACGACGGGGGUCACGACGGGGAUGAGCACAGACAUAACAGAAAGCGUCCCAUAGACAACGUCGGUGCGCUCGACAAGGGAGGUGCAAGUGGGCAGAAAGUGACGAAGAGGGAGGAAGACAAUGAAGACGACGAUGACAUCGUCUUUGUCGGUUCGAGCAGGCUAAUCAGUCACCCUCGUCCACCUCCACGGAGGACAUUGUCGCCUCGCACCAUGAGUGGUUCUCUCGUCGGACAGACCCGUGCCGCGGCUGCGCUUCGCUUCGACAAUCUGCAACGUACAGAUACCAACACGUCGUCGUUGAGCGCCGCCGCCCCAUCGAGCUCUGAUCUCGACACCCAAUCGGCCAGAUGGACAUGCCAAGCGUGCACCCUCGUCAACGGCAAGACCUCGCUCACAUGCGAAGCAUGCGAGACCAUUCGACCGGGCUUACCCUGCUGGACUUGCCUCGGAUGCAGACACAGGAUGAUGGGCGAUGACGCGCGCUUCUGGUGUUGCAUCAAAUGUGGCGUCGUCAAGGCAAGCAGCGGCCCUGGCGAGUCAUAAGCAGUAAGCCAAUGUAUAAUAGCAGUGGACCUUUCUCAGCUUGACCAGCAUGAACCUCAAAUCAAGCUUUUCAGAAGGGGCGAAGGACCGCAUUAAAUAGACGAAAAUGUACCAGUACAUAUUACAACCACGACAGCAGUAGAGAUGCAAAAUAUGAACUACUCCUCGAUAGGCG